AAUAGACCGGGCUUCUAGGCGAUAAUAUUAUCUGCUUGGACCGACUGCGGUAGCCAGCUGUCGACUUAUCAAUGAUGCUCAAAGCGUUUCAAAUUGCGUACACCUUUCUCUCCCUUUGAAUCUCCUCCAUUAGCAGGCCUUGAGCUUCAAUUCGGGCUACAAAAGAGCCAACAAUUCUACUCACUGCCAUCCCACAAUUUCCAGAAAUGCUGACAUUCAACAUCCUCGCUCUUGUGAUCCUAGGAUAUGUCGAUGCAUUACGCGCUGAGAAACAUCAUAGCACAAGCUGUGACCUGUCCGGUGCAAGACUCAAUGUGCCUGCUAAUCAAACGCAGCUCAUUGCGCCUACAUACGCACCGAGCUAUAUUGGUAUUGGCGUCGGGACUCAAAACUACACUUGUAAUGCCACCCUAUCCACAUACACACUUGUUGGGGCUUACGGAGAAAUUUUCGAUAGCUCAUGCUUAUAUGGCACUCCUUCUUUCGAGAGCGCUCCAACCGUUGCUUAUAAUGUGUGGUAUGCUACUACCGGUGUAACAGUCCAGCAAAUCGUCACCAUCCUGGGGCUCACGCACAAUUCUGGCGUGCUUGGACAACAAUACUAUGUUCCCAACCCUGUGGGAACCGGUUUGUCUCCAAAGUGGGACUUCACAUCAUCGGGGGCGACAGCUGGAGAUCCUAAUGCCUAUGUCAUUGGUGCUAAAGUUGGCGAUCUGCCUAGCUCGAACUCGAGCGAUAUCGAUGACUUAAUGAUAGAAACUGUCGAGGGAGAAUUAGCUAGCUUGAUUUUCAGGGUGGAUACCAACGGAGGUCAGCCGCCCGCACAGUGUGAAGCAGGAAAUAUUACUGUCAAAUACACUGCUCAAUAUUGGUUCUUCUCAUGAAAACAUCUUAGAACACUACUUUCGUUCUACCGUCGAUAGAACCCCGGUCGUACUGCCAUUUAAUGCAAUAUUCCCUUUAGCGUCGUCUCAAAAG